AUGACACAUCAUGUGCAGCUGGAUCUCGCCAUUCCAGCUGAGCUCCCGCGCGGAUUCUCCGGGUAUCUCGAGAACAACAGCUUGCUCUCGCCUGGCUAUAUCGAGACACUGGGAUAUGAUAUCCUUUUCGAGCACCCAAUUGAAUUGUCCGGCAGCGGAUGCAAUGGCUCCUGCAAGGCCACCAUCCGUGGACCAGGAGUCUCCAAGGAAGGCUGCACGACGAGGACUUGGCCCAUCACACCCCCAAUGUUGAGUAGUAUGAAUGCCGCCUGGGGAAUCUGGAAAGACAGCUUCACCACUGAGGGAACUCCUAUGACCCGGCUCCCAGCGUUCUCAAUCUACCUCGCCACGCCCUUCGAGCAUCCAGUGCGUGAAGCCAUGACGCUUGAGGUUGGCUACGUGGAAUGGUCAGAAGAUCUUCACGGCACUUACACUCUCAAGGAGUGUUAUCUGUUGCCUGCGAUCGUGGAGUACGAAAUACUUGUCGAAGGAUCGGUUGUCAGCUUGCCUCGAAACGCCGAUCAAGGCAAAGUCUUGCACCUUGCCAAUAACACCAACCCGUUCCGCUGGGCCAAUGAUAGCACUAGGCAAGAAAAUACAAUGAUCUCCAUCACGUCAUUCAUGGCUGUCCAGAUGACCACGAACACCAGUGUUAACCUCACACCGACGAGCGGGGUAUAUUCCAUAGAGUACUACUCUAUGUCGCCGGAGACCUUUAGACAUUUACGCCCCGGCUGGACUUCGAGCCGAAGUGUCGUUUUCAAUGAUCCCACAGAGACCGUGGUCUCUGAGAUCAACCAGGCAUUCUUGAGGGGAUCCACCAUGGUUGGCUCGUGGUCAAAUUUGACUGAAUUGGUCGACCCUGGCGUUGCCACCAACCAGUCCGUGAUGGCUGCCCAGACCGUGACACAAAACGUGUUCCAUUCGGACAUGGUAUGGUUUGCCGCCGCCGCAGCAGUCCAAUUCGUGACUGUCUUCUUCAUCUUGCCAAUGUUCUGGGGUUAUUGGACCGUGGGCAGCAACCUUACAAUGUCGCCUUUCAGCACGGCGCUUGCUCUGGAUGCUCCUUUGCUCAACGAGGUGAACUCUGCCGCUGGCCCUUGCGGUGUUGUUGAGAAGCUCGGAAGCGUCAAGAUCAAGCUCGGCAUGACCGGCGUUGUGGGCUCAGGCGCGGAAGUUGCUACCACUGGCAGAUUAGGCCUUGACAAGGAGCGUGUAGUGUGGGAGCCUCGAAGGGGGGACAGGUUCUCUUCUUAG